GCUUGUGCCAAAGCUGGCUUCCAGCCGGAGUAGGACAAUGUCAGCCCCCAAAACCUUAUUCUGGGGUCUUUACAUCCGAUACAGUCAGAGACGGAAACCUCACACAUUUUAAGAUGUUCCAGUUAAAGUUUUUCUGGUGUUACCAGUAACAGGCAAUGCUUGCCAACUCCAGCUUCUCCAUGCCAUCCACCUUCCUGCUGAUUGGCAUUCCAGGACUAGAAGGUGGUACUCUAUGGAUCGCCAUAACAUUCUGUCUCAUUUAUAUCUUGGCUAUUGUAGGAAACUGUACCAUUCUCUACGUCAUCAAAACAGAGAAAAGUCUUCAUGGCCCCAUGUACUUCUUCUUGUCCAUGCUGGCUCUGAAUGACAUGGCUUUCUCCUCUUCAACCAUGCCAACAAUGUUGGGCAUUUUCUGGUUUGAUGCUGGAAGGGUGGAUGCAGUAUGCUGUCUCACGCAGAUGUUCUUUGUGCAUUCACUUUCUGCAAUUGAGACGGGUGUUCUGGCAGCCAUGGCUUUUGAUAGAUUCAUUGCCAUCUGUUUUCCAUUAAGGUAUAUGACUCUUCUUACCAAUGUCCUUCUAGGAAAGAUUGCCAUGGCCAUUGUGGUUAGAGCCAUUGUAAUCAUCUCCCCUGUUCCAGUUCUGGUGGGACGCCUUCAGUAUUGCACAGAGAAUGUUGUCUCCCACUCUUACUGUGACCACAUGGCCGUGGUACAGGUAGCUUGUGGAGACAUCAGAAUCAAAAGUGUUUAUGGUCUUGUAAUAUCUCUUUCAGUCAUUGGCAUAGACCUCAUAUUCAUUGGACUGUCCUAUACAAUGAUCUUACGAGCUGUCUACAAACUCCCCUCCAGGGCUGCUCGUCACAAGGCUGUAGGAACGUGCGGGUCUCACAUUUGUGUUAUCACUAUUACCUAUUUCCCUGGUGUAUUUUCCUUUGUCACGUACAGGUUUGGACAAAACACAAUUCCCCAUAGUGUUCAUAUCUUACUGGCAAAUAUCUACAUUCUAUUCCCAGCUUUCCUCAACCCUCUGGUUUACGGGGUGAAGACAAAGCAGAUCAGAGAGCGAGUGCUGAGAACAUUUUACCUAAAAACUGAUACAUUCCGACCUCUGCACUAA